AUGCGUCUAUCUAAUGCAGAUAAUACAACUAUUCCUUCUUAUUCCUUAUCUGAAUUUGCUUCUUGGCUCCUUGAUAUUGGAAAUGGAAAUAUUGGCGUUCCAGAUGCAACCGAUCCAGAAAACACAAAAGUUAUAGAUAUACCUCCCAAAUUUAUCAUUGACACAACGAAAGGACUUCAAUCACUUAUAGAUUUUGUAUAUGGAAGUGAAAUAUUGGCUAACCCAUCACCUGAAAAUUUAUUAGAAAGAGCCAUUAUUUGUCCGAAAAAUGAAACCGCAGAUAAGGUGAAUGCUUUCAUCUCACUGAAGAAUACAGGUCAUCAAAUUGUGUAUAACAGUUGUGAUUCAGUCAUCUUGCAUACACAAGACACAAUCGAAUUAGACACCUUAUAUCCACAAGAAUAUCUUAAUAAAUUAGAAUUUUCGGGGGUUCCAACACAUGAAUUGCUUUUGAAAAUUAAUACUCCCAUCAUGCUUUUAAGGAACAUCAACCAAAAAGAAGGUUUAUGUAACGGGACAAGACUAAUUGUCUCCCAAUUAUUGCCAUUCGUUAUCGAGGCCUUUAUUAUAACAGGAACUUCUGUAGGAAAGCGGGUGUAUAUUCCAAGAAUCAAAUUUGUACACAACACUUCCGAUUUGCCUUUCAUUUUCACCCGAAAACAAUUUCUAGUCAAAGUAUGUUAUGCAAUGACUAUUAACAAAAGCCAUGGACAAUCUCUAAAGAAAGUUGGGUUAUAUUUACCACAAUCUGUUUUCACGCAUGGGCAACUAUAUGUAGCAUUGUCAAGAGCUACCUCACCACAGUCAAUUAAAAUUCUCUUGGAUCCUGAAUGUGAUAUACCCGCAAAUACCACCAGAAAAUGUCGUCUUUAA